AUGCACUUCUGCCACAAGCAAGAUAACUGCAUACAUUUCAUCUCAAUGCCCAAGCAAAGUAAGGAUGUGGAAAUAGGCUUGCAAUUGCCUAUGUACCAUUCUAAGGCAUGCCUCAUGCCUGGACUGCACUCGGAAGCCACUGAUGCAUGCAAGAACGCAUCAUCAUUAGCCUUCAAGGAUUUUUACCUUCGCAAAAUAAGGGCCAAGAAUCUUGCACACGCAAUUAAAGAGGGAAAUGCGGCAUCCGAACAGGAUAGAGCAUUGGCUUUAAUUUUUCUUCGUCAUCAUAUCCAUGACGGGUUAAGAUCAGAAUAUUUGACUGUUAAGGACCCUGAGGUUAUGUGGAGUUGCUUGAAAGAUAAAUAUGACAACCUGAAGAUGGUUAUUCUGCCUAAAGCCAAAAAUGAUUUGUUGAAUUUACGUUUGCAAGAUUUUAAAUCUGUUUCUGAGUAUAAUUCUGCAUUGUUUAAAAUCAUUUCACAGCUGAAAUUUUGUGAACAGAAUAAUGAGUUAUUAUUGAGAAAUCAUGAAUCUCGUCUCGUGGGCUCUGUUUCUGUGCCUGAAGCACAUGCGACAACGAGUUCUACCAAUGGUAGUGUACGGGGUAAUAAUAAGGGUAAAGGGAAACAUAGUCGUGGUAAUAAAAAGAACCAACACAAGAAUUCAAGGUUCAAGCCAAACCACCAAGAGUGUAAAGAUGGCACCCCGAAGAAAGAGCAGAAGCCAGAUAAAGGAAAAGAUUCGUCUGACAAACCUAUAAAGCACAAGAAGGAUGUUUAUUACCGUUAUGGUAUGACUGGUCAUUGGUCACGUACCUGUCAUACUGCCAAGCAUCUUUUUAAUCUAUAUCAAGCAUCCCUGAAGCGACCCGUAGUUGAUAUUGAGACAAAUCUUAUAGAGACCAAUGAGGCUUCUACUAGUUCUCCCCACUUAGACUUUGAUUUUCUUAAAAAGUCAGAAGAAGAGAAGUGGGACAUAUCUGAUUUUCUUGAUAAGUCGGAUGAUGAAGAACUUAACUAG